AUGGCGAGCUGCUUCGGUGAAGACAAGAACGAGGUCCUCGACCAGUUCGCAUGCGACCCCAGCGGCAAGAUCAAGUCGUGCUGUUCUAGAGGCGAUUCAUGUGCCUCGAACGGACUCUGCGUCACUUCAAAUAAGGAUGCAUUGUCUCCCUACUUCGUAAACUCUUGUACAGAGGAGAACUGGGAUGACCCAACCUGUAUCACAGAAUGUCAAGGCAAUGGAAACGGAGUUGUGCCUUGUGGAGCAGGCAAGUUUUGCUGCUACGGUUUCGGCGGUUGCGACUGCAACAACUCUACACAAGUCUUUACCUUGGACCCCGUCAAGAUCAUCACGACGAUCCCUACAGACGCGACAAAAGUCGACGAAGCGACGUCGGCCAUUAGCGAUGCCACCACAGCAACAGGCAGCUCAACAGUGCAAUCGACUGUUACACACACAAACACAUCUGCCGCCGAGACCACGUCUUCGAGCAGUGAAGGAAGCAACAACGCGUUGCCUAUUGGGUUGGGUGUGGGUAUCGGAGCAGGUGUUGUGCUCAUCGGACUCGGAGUCGGAUUUUGGUUGUGGAGAAGAAAGAAGAGCCGUGCUUCAAAGCCAGCUGUUGUUUCUGACGAUUACAUGGUCAAGCAUCCAGUGGAAAACCCCAAUACCCCGAAUUACAGUCACUAUCAACCUGUCAAGCCUGUUGAGAUGAGCGCCAAUACUGAUCGGGUGGAGCUACCAUAA